AUGGGUGGCCUUUGCUGUUUUUGGGGGGAUGUUGGUCAAGCGGGUAAAAGGAGGGACCAAGUUGUGUGUACAAUGUCGUGGCUUGUAGUCUUAUUUGUUUUCAUAACUGCAGAGAUACAAGGAUGUGACUCUGGAGGCUUGUGGCGGGCUGCCUUUUUGCGCAGGGGGGACGUGGGGGCUGUUGCUGCUUUGCACGAGAUGAACAUCGUUCAUCCUCCUGAACAAGUAGGGUUGCGACAAUUUGUGUUUUUGCUGUGCGGCCAUCUGGGCGCUGGGGACAUCGUGGGGGCAGCGGUGUCUGGGGGCGCGGAUUUGUUGAUGCUUGCCCACGCAGCCAUGCAUUGCAUUGCUUUGUGUGGCACUGUUGACGCGUUUUUCCACGACCCCGCUGUUUCUGUGCCGUCAGGUUCAUUGUGCACUCCUGGCGGUGUUGGAAGGCUGGCUGGAGGGGGAGCCCGAAAUCUGUGA